ACGCUUGAGGGGCCGACAAGAUGAGGGUGAAAAUGCCUCCUUCCAUGCGGAUUCUGCAGGAUAGCCAGGCGGACCAGGGGAUGCUGCUGCUGCACCGGGAGAUCUGCUGCCAGGGCAGCGCGGACGCCGACCCGGUGGGCGACGCGAUGACCUGCCGCAUCUGUCAGCGCGACUUCGACCUGGCGGACGUGAUCCGGUUCAUCCACCAGCGGGUGCUGCAGUGCGCGCCGCCGCCGCCCGCCACCGGCGAUCAGGGCGGCCGCGACACGCCGCCGGGGGCCCGGCCCGACCGCGACGGACCAGGCCUUAACGGCCGCCGGCGGCCUAGCGGCAAUGCUCCCCGCCGAAUAGCGACAUCUAUCGGCGACCGUGAGAAGCUACAUUUGAACGGGCUCUCGCCGACGCCGUCGGUGUCGAGCACGUCCUCAGACGGCAGGAGAGAGGACGGCGACCGGCCGAAGCGGACGGAGGAGGAGGAGGCGAAGAUCAAGUGCCGCCUGGUGGAUGCCUGUGCCAACACUACCGAAUCCGAGCCUGGGAGCUACGUCUGCUUCACGUGCAAGAACAGCUUUGAGUCGGCUUGGACGCUGCUGCAGCACGUCCAGGAGGACCACGGCGUCAACAUCUACGUCAACCGACCGACGCCGGCGCGCGCAUCGCCGACUCCGUCGCCGCCGCCGCGCCGUUUGUCGCCGCCGCCGCGCCAUCCGCCGCCCCCGCCGCCGCCGCCGCCGCCUGCGGCGCCACCCACCUCGGUCCGCCUGGCGCCCACCUCGUGCCCGACGACCUCCUUCGACCUGCCGUUCAUGCGCAUGCCGCUCGGCGACAAGCCGUUCCCCUCCAUGCUCAACGCGCCGUUCGGCCGGCCGUCUAGUCACGACUUCCGCAUGGAAAAUAUCAUCUCGGAGCAGUUCAGGCUGAACCCGCCGCUGGCGAUGGCGCCGUUCGAGCUGGGGCCGCGCCCGCGGCCGCCGCUGCCACUGCCCAUGGAACCGCUCGACUUCUACUCGCAGCGGCUGCGGCAGCUGGCCGGCGCCUCGCUGCCGCCGAGCGAGCUGCUGGCUCCGUCCAGCAAGCGGGCUCGCCUCUCGCCGGGGCCGUUCGGCGCGCCGGCCGGCCCCAGCACGUCCAGUCCGGGACCGGUGGGGCGCACCCCACCACCAGUGCCCGCCCGGCCCGGCCUGGCCAAACCGGCGCGCAAGGAGCGUCCGCGUGCCUGCGAACAUUGCCACAAGAUCUUCCGCUUCCAGAGCAACCUGAUCGUGCACCGGCGCAUCCACACGGGCGAGAAGCCGUACAAGUGCAAGAUCUGCAGUCACGCCUGCACGCAAAGCUCUAAGCUGAAGCGUCACAUGAAGACUCACAUGAAGGAACUCGAAGUCAGUGUGGAAAAAAACUCGCAGGCCAGCGAUGAUGUCAAGGAAGAGGACGACGUCAGCGUGCAGGAGGACGACGAGGACGACCUGCUGGACGAGGACGACGAGGACACUUCCGAAACGGCCGAGGCUGACGGGCCAGAGGACCUCUCCACCAAAUCGGCGGCCUCCACGCCGGUGCCUGCCCCGCUCACGCCCAGUCACCUGCCGCCGACGCCAUCGUCGGAAAAAUCAUCGCUGGUUGGAGAACUGAUGGACAAAUUUGGACUUUCCAACAUCAACGCCUACCGGGACGCCUACAAGCAGGCGCUGCGCGAGUCGGGCAAGGAGGAGGAGCCCACGAGCGACAGCGACCACAGCGACGGCGAAGGCGACAGCGAAGCGCACGAUAGCGAGACUCGCGACAGCGAAGCGCGCGACAGCGAAGCGCACGACAGCGACGCGCACGACAGCGAUGCCCGCGACAGCGAAGCGCGCGACAGCGAAGCGCGCGACAGCGAGGCGCGCGACAGCGAGGCGCGCGACAGCGAAGCGCGCGACAGCGAGGUGCGCGACAGCGAAGCGCGCGACGGCGAGGCGGGUGACGGCGAGACCCGCGACCCGGAAGCGCGAAUCGAGCGCGGAGGCCGCGCGAACGGUACGCCGCUGGAGGGAAGCACGAUCAAGGUGCGCGAUGAGUUCGGGGGCAGCCUGCUGGCGCAGCAGCCGGCGCUCGAUCUCAGUCGCGGCUCCCUCCUCGGCUCGUUCGAGGCGGCGUUCGACCCGGCGCGCCGUCUCAAGCUCGAUCUGGGUGGCCGCGAGCCCGACCCGGGCCUCUUCCCGGGUCUGUGGCUGCCGCCGAUGGCGCUGCCACGCGAUUUCGCCUUCCCGCCGCGCGCGCCGCCCGACUUCCUGCGCCAGGCGAAGGCGGCGUCCGACGGCGCGCUCAAGGCGGCGCCGCGCGGCCUCCACCAGCCGUUCGCGCUCAAGCCCUCCGGCCGCAUCGGACUCGAGUCGUGCUCGCCCUCGCCGAAGCGGGAGCGCAGCCGGCGCGACACGUGCGAGUUCUGCGGCAAGGUGUUCAAAAACUGCUCCAACCUGACGGUGCACCGGCGCUCACACACGGGCGAGAAGCCGUACCACUGCAGCAUGUGCAACUACGCCUGCGCGCAGAGCAGCAAGCUGACGCGGCACAUGAAGACGCACGGCCGCAUGGGCAAGGACGUGUACCAGUGCCGCUUCUGUAACAUGCCCUUCUCGGUGGCGUCCACGCUCGAAAAACACAUGCGCAAGUGUGUGGUGAGCCAGAACAAUAAGACGGGGCUGCUGCCGCCCGUGCUGCCCGGCCACUGACUCCAGCCAAUCGGAGCGCGCCGCGGCUGUGACGUCACACCGGCGCUCGGUGAUCGCUGUUUUGUACCGGCUCUAGUGCAAUCAUCGGCGGGACGAUGUUAAUUAGUGAAAUGACAUAAUCCAGUUGUGUGCGUGCGUGCUGGUAAAGUACAAUAUUCUCUUCAGUAUUAGGGACCCGUCUGUGAGGUCACUGCACAAACCAAAUAGGGGCGUCUCCGCGCGCGAGCCGAGGUCAGGAGAGCGAAUCAGGUCACAAAGGCGGUGAGCAGAUAUUGCUGGCAGGACCAAAGCCGUAUCACUUUUAGAUUUAGUGUUCCGAUAUCUUCGAUGACGCGAGUGGCGAGAUCCGGUAUCCGGCAUCCAGUGAGUGUCCCGCCUGCGGGCUGUCUCCUGCCGUCCACCGUCCUCACACGUACCCACCCGCUCCGUCGUGUUCAGGUGCCGGGCGGCGGGGCUGGUGGUUUGGCUUGAGAUGCGGGCGGUCCCACGGGCCGGGGCGGGUGGCGGGGCUGAACCUAGUCACGGCGGGCGGCGCGGCCGCUGCACCACCCCAGGUCACCGCGCGCCCUCGCCGGGUCAGACGCCGCAGGUCGGCCGGUCCUGGGGCAGGGCGGGCCGACCCUAGGUCACAGUCACUGGUCUGAGGAGGCGGGAGUUCGGCCCUGGUCCUCAGACCAUUCGGGCCUGGGGACUGAGCGAGCCAGCUGCUGCCCUGGGCCAGGAGUGUUCCGUCAGUUCGGACAGACGCCUGUCCUGGGUCACGGGAUCGCCGGGGUCGGGGCGGAGGGGACCCGGGUUACAGCGUAGGUGAGCGUGCUACCGUCUGCGAGAAGUCCGAGGCAGGCUCUCUAUCCGCUCCACGCACGGCGCGAUCUGGUCAGUUUUGUGUUCUGCGUCGCCAGCGAAGUGCGCUGUCUGUAUCGGUUUUUCUGUGUUAAGUGUGAGCUGGAGGCUGGGUUGCGAUGCGAACUGUGAGAGCGCGUGGGGCUGUCCGGUAUCUCCUCGUCAUCGUUGUGCGGCUGAAAGUUUUCAGGCCUGGCCGCAGAUGCCACGCCAGUCGAUACAUAGAAAGAAAGCACUGCAUCUGACUGACUCUGUUUUGGAUCACACAUGUGAACUAUUGGACUGCGCUUCCAGGGAGAUGCAUCUGCGAUCGCCGCCGUAACGCCUGGCUUUUGGCCGCUCCAUUCCAUAGCUCUAAAACGACGUGAUAUUUCUAAGAAAGUCUGCUGUUUUCUCACCAAGACGUCAUGAGACCUCGAGGCUUCUGUAUUCAGCCAAUUGCACCUAAGCAGUUCUAUGCCAAAGACGUGCUGUAAUCGACGUUUGGUUUGCUUCCGAGUCGUUUGUUUCCAACACUGCUUCUUGUGUUCUAAAUGCGUGAGAAAGGUUUUCUGUCUUGAUGGAAUCCGUUGGAGGUCACAUCCCAAAAAGAGAUCGUUUUAAUUUCACCCCUUUAAAGACGUCGUUUAUUUUUGUUUCCAUUCUCUACUCUUCCGGGGAACGUACCUUAUUUAUUUAUGAACCGACAAGUCGGACUUUCAGUGGCUUUCUCCAGCGGAUGGCAGAGGGAAAGGCCAACCAAUGUAAGAGAGCGACUCAUUAUUGCGUCUCGACGCCAUCUUGUCUGACAUCAGCAUCUAUUAACCCAUGGACCCUGUGAGUACUACUGUUAUAUAAAUCGUGUGCACACGAACUCCCCUCACAAACGUACAUAUUUGUCUACGUAUGUACGAACAUGCCUGAGCUGGACUUGUGUAGGUACAACAGUGCUCGCUGUGAGUCGGGCAGUCACAGCCACCUACUGUUCCUUAAUUUAUAUUUUUCGAUGUGCAUUCAAUGUACCGACUACAUAGAAUAAACGUAUCUGUUAAAA